CCGGAAUAUUUUUGAGGUCGCGCGAAGAUUUACAGCAUGAAGAAAGAACAGGUUGUCAACUGUCAGUUCUCCGUUUGGUAUCCUUUAUUCAAGAAACACACUAUAAAGAGUUUGAUUCUACCCAUUCCUCAAAAUGUAAUUGAUUACUUAUUAGACGACGGGACUCUUGUGGUUUCUGGCAGCGAGAACACCAAUCAACACACACAGGCCACCAACAGUGAUUCUGAUGAGGAGGACAUUCAGUGGACUGAUGAUGAAACCACAACAACAGUUAUGGCCCCAGAAUUCCCAGAGUUCAGUAUAAAGGUCCAGGAGGCAAUUAAUGUUCUGGGUGGGCGUGUCUUUCCGAAACUGAACUGGAGUGCCCCUCGAGAUGCCAACUGGAUUGCCUUAAACAGUUCCUUACAGUGUCAGAGUCUAAGUGAUAUCUUCCUUCUUUUUAAAAGUUCAGAUUUCAUCACACAUGACCUCACACAACCGUUCCUUCACUGUAGUGAUGAUUCUCCAAACCCAACUAUAAACUAUGAAAUGGUAUUAAGAAAAUGGAGUGAGCUCAUUCCAGGAGGAGAAUUUCGCUGCUUUGUGAAGGAAAACAAACUCGUAGCAAUCUGUCAGAGAGAUUACACACAACAUUACCAGCAUAUCGCCAAACAGGAGGCCAGCAUCUCCUCAUCCAUACUGCAGUUCUUCAGGGACCACAUUCAAUAUCAGUUCCCAGAUGAGGACUUUGUCCUGGAUGUUUACAGAGACAGCUCAGGACGUGUAUGGUUGAUUGACUUCAACCCUUUCGGUGAGGUCACAGACUCUUUGCUCUUCACGUGGGAGGAGCUAACCUCUGGGAAUAGUCUCACAGCCAAUCAGGCGCAGGCAGAGACAGCACAGCAAGAUAGACCUGCCUUCCGGUCUACCACCAGUGAAGUCACGGUGCAGCCCAGCCCUUGUCUGUCCUACCGAAUCCCACGAGACUUCCUAGAUCUCACCACUGGAGAAGACGCAUAUAAACUCAUUGAUUUUCUUAAGCUGAAGAGGAGUCAGCAGGAGGAGGAGGAGUCUAAAGAAGAAGGGGCUGUGCCUCAAUUGUAGAUGAGCAAGGAUUUUGCAUCAGUAAUUAACCCAAAAAUCUAUCAUCAUUUACUCAAGGGUUUUGUUGCAUAACUUUAUGAGUUUCUUUUUUCUAUGUAAGGCAACAGGAGAUUUUAGGCAGGAUGUUUUUUAGGCCUCUGUUAACAUUCACUUUCAUUGUAUGGAAAAAAGAUGUAAUGAAAGUGAAUUCUGACUAAGGGUAACAUUGUGUGUAACAUCUUGUUUUGUGUUCAACAGAGGAAAGAAUGUCAUACAGUGUGGAACAACAUGAGGAUGAGUAAAUGAAUACAGCAUUUUUAUUUUUAACCAAUAUAUUUUAAUCCUGUUGUUGGAUAUCUGUCUGCCUCAUUGUUUUUGUUCCAAGUUCUAACAGAACCGCCUGUUGUUUUUAAAGUGAAGUGUAUUUGAUUAGAGUUGGAAGUUGGAACAUAACUGUGCAGGAAAUGACAUCUUUACAAGCAGGAUUGUGCACACUUGCUGUAUAUAAUGGGUUUGGUGUAGUGGAGGACAAGUGAGUUCUUGCUCAGCAGGUUUAUUCACACCUCUGUGUUGCAGAAGUCAUUUUUAUGUUUUCUGUCCUCAAUAGUGCUCACACACCUAAUAAAUUCAAAGUGCAAUACAUUCAAAACCAGGCUAGGAAAUAAAAAAUUAUGUGUUUAAAACUCGAAAAAGACUCUGUAUGUAUUUAUAAUGCAAUACAAAUAAACGGAAAUAUAAUUAUACAUAAAUCACUUUUUUCAUCAUCCACAUAUGGGUGGCAAAUACCAAAUAACUUUUCAAAGUGCAAUAUAUACAAAACUGCAUGUAAACAAUAAAUAAUGUGUAAAAAUUGGGAAAAAAC